UCGGAAGAGCCAGGGUGGGUGGAGGAGAGAGGACAGAGCCGAGGGUCAGGGCCGGGGAGGUAGAGGCUGGGUGGCCACCGAGGCCGGAGGGGGAGAGAAGGCGAGGCAGAGAGGGCAGAGGGGCAGCCACAGGGGCUGAGAAAGGAGGGCGGCCCGUCCAAGGGUGCGGGGCCGCAGGGCAGGGCCGCAGGCGGAGGAUGGCCGCGCGGGGAGCCCGGGAGGAGCGCCGGCCGCUGGUGGCGCGCAGGCCGCGGGCGCCCCGACGGUGGCGGCGGACCGCGGCGGCCGCGGUGCUGCUGGUGGAGACGCUGGAGCGCGCCGCCUUCUUCGGCGUCUCGGCCAACCUGGUGCUCUACCUCAACGGCGCCAGCUUCAACUGGGACGGCCAGCAGGCGUCCCGCGCCGCGCUCGUCUUCCUGGGCGCGUCCUACCUGCUGGCGCCCGUGGGCGGCUGGCUGGCCGACGCGUACCUGGGCCGCUCGCGCGCCAUCGCGCUCAGCCUGCUGCUCUACCUGGUCGCCUCCAGCCUGCUGCCCGCCACCGCCUUCGUCGACGGCCGCCGCUCCUUCUGCGGGGAGAUGCCCGUGUCGCCGCUGGCGCCCGCCUGCCCGUCGCCCGACUGCACGCGCGUCUCGCCCACCCCGUACUGCGCGCCCACCCUCUACUCCGGGCUGCUGCUGCUCGCCCUCGCCGCCAGCUCCAUCAGGAGCAACCUCACCUCCUUCGGGGCGGACCAGGUGAUGGAUCUUGGUCGCCAUGCCAGCCGUCGCUUCUUCAACUGGCUUUACUGGAGUAUCAACGUGGGUGCCGUGCUCUCGCUGCUGGUGGUGGCUUUUAUCCAACAGAACGUCGGCUUCCUGCUGGGCUACAGCAUCCCCGUGGGCUGCGUGGGUUUGGCCUUCUUCAUCUUCCUCUUUGCCACCCCCAUCUUCGUCACCAAGCCCCCCACAGGCAGCCAAGUGUCCUCUAUGCUUAAACUCGCUCUCCAAAGCUGCUGUCCCCGGCUGUGGCCCCAACACUCUGUCAGAGACCCUCAAGGCACCCAGCCACUGCCUAACCAGAGGUCUCCCCAGCCUGGUCCUUCCCCCCAAGAGGACAUGGCCAACUUUCAGGUGCUGGUGAAGCUCUUGCCGGUCAUGGUGACCCUGGUGCCUUACUGGAUGGUGUAUUUCCAGAUGCAGUCCACGUACGUCCUGCAGGGUCUUCACCUCCGCAUCCCGAACAUUUUCCCAGACAAUCCCGCCAACAGCUCCGCGGCUCUGGGAGCUCAGCUCGGAGGCUACAAGAUCCCAGAAGCCUGGCUCCUCCUGGCCAACGUCGUGGUGGUGCUCAUCCUGGUGCCUGUGAAGGACCACCUGCUGGACCCUUUACUGCUGCGGUGCAAGCUGCUUCCCUCGGCCCUGCAGAAGAUGGCCCUGGGGAUGUUCUUCGGCUUUGCCUCUGUCCUUGUGGCAGGAGGCCUGGAGAUGGAGCGCUUACAGUACAUCCAUCGCAACCAGACGGUGUCCCAGCAGAUCGGGAAGGAUAUGUACUACGCAGCUCCGCUGUCCAUCUGGUGGCAGAUUCCUCAGUACCUGCUCAUCGGGAUCAGUGAGAUUUUUGCCAGUAUCCCAGGCCUGGAGUUUGCGUACUCGGAGGCUCCGCGCUCCAUGCAGGGCGCCAUCAUGGGCAUCUUCUUCUGCCUGUCCGGAGUGGGCUCGCUGUUGGGCUCCAGCCUCGUGGCACUGCUGUCCCUGCCCAGGGGCUGGCUCUAUUGCCCUAGGGACUUUGGGAACAUCAACAAUUGCCGGAUGGACCUGUACUUCUUCCUGCUGGCCGGCAUCCAGGCCGCCACGGCCCUCCUGUUUAUGUGGAUCGCUGGCCGCUACGAGAGGGUAGCUCAGGCCCCAACUUCCCAAAGCUGUCCCAGCAGGGACAGGGGCUGAACACCUUCCCCGCCCUGCUCUCCCCAGGACACAGACAGUCCAGGCCCAGUGGAGGUUCCUUGAGUUUAUUCUGUACCCAACGUUAGGAUGAAAUGGUUCAUAAAUAAGGGGCAUAAGCCCUUCCUCACGA